ACGGCAGCUGCGGGCAGUAGCCCCAUGGCGCUGACUGCCGCCCGAGCGCGGGUGCUGCGCGCCCUCAGCCGCUGGCCGCCGCCGGGCCGGGUGCCUGUGGCCGGCUGGAGCUGCCGCAGCGACGCGGGGGGCUCGGCGGGCGGCUCCGCGGAGCUGCCGCCGGGCGGGUACGGAGUCUGGCAGGAGCAGGCAGCCCGCGACCCGGUGGGGUUCUGGGCGGAGGUGGCGCGGGGGACGCUGUGCUGGGACAGCCCCUUCCACACGGCUUGCCAGGCCGGCCUGCCUGUCGGCACCGCUCGCUGGUUCCUCGGCGGCCGCCUCAACGUCUCGGUAAAUUGCUUGGAUCAACACGUCAACAAGUCUCCAAACAGAGUGGCUUUGAUCUGGGAGAGAGAUGAGCCUGGCACUGAAGUGUAUGUCACAUACAGGGAGCUGCUGGAUCUGACCUGCCGCCUUGCCAACACCCUGAAGAAGUAUGGGAUAGAGAAAGGGGACAAGGUGGCCAUUUACAUGACUGUGUCACCAUUGUCUGUGGCAGCCAUGCUGGCUUGUGCCAGGAUUGGUGCCGUUCACACCGUGAUCUUCGCUGGAUUCAGUGCAGAGUCCUUAGCUGGGAGGAUCAUGGACUCUGGCUGCAAAGCAGUUAUCACCUACAACCAGGGAGUCAGAGGAGGUCGAAUCAUAGAGAUGAAGAAGACUGUGGAUGAAGCUGUGAAGAGCUGUCCAAGCAUCAGACAUGUUUUUGUGGCUCAGAGGACAGAUAACAAAGUCCAGAUGGGUGACUGUGAUAUUUCCCUGGAGGAGGAGAUGGCCAAGGCAGAUUCUGUCUGCACUCCAGAGAGCAUGGACAGUGAAGAUACACUUUUCCUGCUGUAUACCUCAGGCAGCACGGGGAAACCCAAAGGAAUUGUUCACACCCAGGCUGGCUACCUGCUGUAUGCUGCUCUCACUCACAAGUAUGUAUUUGACUACCAGCAAGGCGAUGUUUUUGGCUGUGUGGCUGACAUUGGCUGGAUCACAGGACAUAGCUAUGUUGUGUAUGGACCACUCUGCAAUGGAGCCACCUCUGUCCUAUUUGAAAGCACUCCAGUGUACCCUGACCCAGGUCGCUACUGGGAAGUGGUGCAAAGGCUGAAAGUGAAUCAGUUCUAUGGAGCACCAACAGCCAUCCGCUUGCUGCUGAACCAUGGAGAAGAGUGGGUGAAGAGAUAUGACAGAUCUUCCUUGAAGACCUUGGGGUCAGUGGGAGAGCCCAUCAACAACGAAGCCUGGCAGUGGUUCUACCACGUGGUGGGAGAAGGGCGCUGCACCCUCUUGGACACAUGGUGGCAGACAGAAACUGGGGGCAUCUGCAUUGCCCCACGGCCUUCAGAGGAGAAUGCUGAGAUCGUUCCAGCUAUGGCUAUGAGACCUUUCUUUGGGAUUAUACCAGUGCUGAUGGAUGAAAAUGGAAAGGUUGUAGAGGGUAAUGAUGUGUCUGGUGCUCUCUGCAUUGCCCAUCCGUGGCCUGGCAUGGCAAGAACAAUCUAUGGAGAUCACCAGCGAUUUGUUGAUGCCUAUUUCAAAGCCUACCCAGGUUACUACUUCACUGGGGAUGGUGCUUACAGGACCAAGAAAGGCUAUUACCAGAUAACAGGGCGCAUGGAUGACGUCAUUAACAUCAGUGGGCACAGGCUCGGGACAGCAGAGAUAGAAGAUGCCAUGGCUGACCACGCUGAGGUCCCUGAGACAGCUGUGAUUGGGUACCCACACAAGAUCAAAGGAGAAGGUGCCUUUGCUUUUAUAGUGCUAAAGGAGCCAACAGCUCAUACAGACCGCAUCAAAGAAGAGCUCAAAGCCAUAGUGGCUUCCAAGAUAGCAAAAUAUGCUGUGCCUGACCACAUUCUGGUGGUGAAGCGGCUUCCUAAAACCCGCUCAGGGAAGAUCAUGAGAAGGCUGCUGAGGAAAGUAAUCACUGAGGAGUUGAGCAGCAUGGGAGAUACCACCACGCUGGAUGAUCCAAGCGUUGUCAAGGAGAUACUGGAUGCUUACCAGAAGUACAAGGAGAAGAGUUCCUCGUAACCAGGCGGCUCUGCAGUCUCCCCCCUCUGGGAGCAUGGACAGAGCUCUCCUGCUGGCUCCUUUGCUUGUUAAACUCUUGUCUUCUUCUAGGGCAACAACAUUUUUCACUCCAAUGUAUUUUGAGAUGCAGAGAGCUGGGAGCAACCUGCAGUUCUGCACAGUCACUGAGCUGCCUUCCAUUGUUUUAGGGCUGUUGUAGAGCAGUUGCUGGUGGUUUCCAUUAGCUAUGAUGAAACUUAAUACCGCCUGAAGCAAGAUGCAGAUGUUGAUGCUUCUCAUUUUAAUGUUAGUGUACAGGGAAAUGCUUUUCUACAAUAUUUCUGCUGUUUGAAAAGAAGCUGUGGGUUUCACUUCUUCAAUUUUACCUUCAGCUUUGAUAUCUGAGUUGAAGUAGCUGUAUUCCAUUGCAGCUGUGGUGCCUUUUCAGCAAUACUGGGUAUUCCAGUAGAUGUUCCACAUGUUUCACAUGAGGGCAAGGUUAUGAAGGAAAUGAGAAGGACAUGACUAGUCUGAUAAUUCUUGCUUGUGCUUACCCAGUGGUUCUAAGCUUUCCAAGCAAGGAUUUGUUCCUACCACUCUAUGUAGCAGGACUUGCCAGAGAUGGUGAGCCUGUGCCCCUUGCUGUCAUAAGUAAGCAACGCAGCACUAGCACUUGCAGCUGCAAAACUGAGCCACAAAGCCUGCCACUGUACUUCCUACAACGCACUGCAAGUUGUGUAGGAGCCUGGUCCCACAUAUUCUUAUUCUGUCUUGAGAAACUGAGCUUUCAAACUAACUGUACUUUGAUCCAGUUGUCAUCACCAGUGAGACAAUGCUGUCCAUUGUGGUUCACUUCUGCAUAUUAGGAGUAGUGGUCUACAACUGGCAGAUCUUUGUGGCUUGUUGGUGAUUUGUCUAAGUGCCUUUGUUUCUUAGACACCAUUAAAAGGGAUGAUAUUUGCUUGCUCUCUGCCAGAGAAGCACUGGCAAAUGAAAUUCUCAACUGCUCAAAAGAGGUUUGAAGCUGA